UGUCACCAAUGUCACCACAUCCCCACAGGACCUGGGGAUACAGAGGGCUGUCCCCUGAUCCCUGGUGUCCCCAACAUCCCCACGUCUUCACGCUGCUCAGGGACACCAACUGAGAGGUGCGCGUGUCCCCAAUGUCCCCGCUGUCACCCGCAGGGCUCGGCAGCAUCAGAGGAGGAUCUGGCAAAGGCCAUGGAAGGGCUGGGGCUGGAGGAGGGCAGCGGGGAGGGCGGCGUGCUGCCCGUGGUGCAGAGCGUGCUGCAGCACCUGCUGAGCCGUGACGUGCUCUACCCCUCGCUCAAGGAGAUCACCGACAAGUACCCUGAGUGGCUGCAGCGGCACCGGGCGGCGCUGCCGGAGGAGCAGUACGAGCGUUACCGGGCGCAGCACGGCGUCAUGAGCCGCAUCUGCCAGCAGCUGGAGGCCGAGCGACCCGAGGACAGCGAGGGGGACAGGAGGGCGCGCUUCGAGGCCGUGCUGGAGCUGAUGCAGCAGCUGCAGGAGCUGGGGCACCCGCCCAAGGAGCUGGCUGGCGAGGCGGUGAGUGUCCCCCAGUGUCCCCAGCUGUCCCUGGAGGUCUUUUCCAUGUUGUCCCCAACUGUCCCCGGCUCUCGACCAUCCCUGGUUGUCCCCAGCAGUCCCUACUUGUCCCUACAGGUCUUUCCAACUGUCCCCACGUGUCCCCCAGCUCUCAGCCAUCCCAGCUGUUCCCUGCCGCCCCCCAGUUGUCCCCAACCCAUGAGUUCCCAGUUGUCCUUCAACCAACCAUUCCCAGUUGUCCCCAGCUGUCCCCAGCGGUUCCCGACUGUCUCCAAUUGUCCCCUGCAGUCCCUGACUGUCCCCAGUUGUCCCCCAAAUGUCUCUCAUUGUCCCCACUUUGCAUUCCGUUGUCCUCAGCCGUCCCUAAUUGCCCUCCACCAUCCUCAACUGUCCCCAGUAAUUGUCCCCAGUUGUCCCCAACUGUCCCUCAUUGCCUCCAUCUCCAUC